AUGUCUGACGGAGUAACAGGCGCAGACCUUUCGCGCAGGCAGUGGUUGUUCGCCUUCUCGCUGGUGACAUCCCUCUUCUUCACUUGGGGCUUUGCAUACGGGCUGCUUGAUGUCCUCAACUCCCACUUCCAAACGAUCUUCGGCAUCGGCAAGACCCAGAGUACCCUCCUGCAGCUGGCGUACUUUGGUGCCUACCUUGUCUACGCACCUAUUGCCAGCAUAUUCAUGGAGAGAUAUGGGUACAAGAAAGGCAUCCAUAUGGGUCUCACGCUCUAUUCCCUGGGCGCGAUCUUUUUCUGGCCGUCUGCGAAGUUCCGUUCCUAUGGCGGGUUCGUGGGGUGCACUUUCGUCAUCGGUUGCGGCCUGUCCUGUCUCGAGGUCGCUGCGAACUCGUACAUCUCCGUGCUGGGAAGCCCCAAGUAUGCUGCGGCACGUUUGAACUUUAGCCAGGGCUUCCAGGGGGUCGCCUCGUUCGCGGGCCCUAUGAUUGCGUCCAAGUGGUUCUUCACGGGCAAGAACGCCACCUCGCUCGAUACGGUUCAAUGGGUCUAUCUUGCGGUCGCCGGCCUCGGCGCCGUGCUGAACGUUCUGUUCUACUUCUGCAAGCUCCCUGAGAUCACUCAGGACGCGCUCGCGCAAGAGAUGCACGACGUUGGUCUGACAAACGACAAGGAGCCGUUCUGGCGGCAGUACCGCUGCAUAUUCGGCUGGGUCGCGCAGACGGCCUACGUCGGUGCGCAGGUGGCCGUGGCAUCCCUCGCAGUCAACUUCCUCUCCGAACAAGGCGUCGGCAUCGACAAGCCGCUCGCGAGCCAGCUCUUUUCAUACUGCCAAAUUACCUUCACGGUUGGCCGUUUCCUGGGCGUCAUCAUGCUCAACUGGUUCGACCCCGCGCUUCUGCUGAGCAUCUAUGCCCUCGGGUGCUGUGCCUUCUCGCUUGGGGUCUCCUACGCGCCCGGGAAGGCUGGGGUCGGCUGCCUGUUUGCCCUGUUCUUCUUCGAGUCCAUCUGCUACCCCGUCAUCUUCACGAUAGCCACGAAGAGCCUGGGAAGGCACACGAAGAGGGGCUCCGGCCUGAUCGUCAUGGGUGUCGGAGGCGGUGCCUGGUUCCCCCCGGCGGCUGGCUCUAUCGCAGACAGGGACACGACCGCACACUCGUAUAUGGUGCCCUUCGCAGGCUACGUCGCGAUGGGCAUCUACGCUGUUGGUAUCGUGAUAGACCAGAGCCGCAAAGGCGGGUUCCGGCUGCGCACGGUCGACGAGAUCGAGCAGAAGCGCGCGCAGAUCGAGAAGGAGAAGAUCGCAGGCUCGGACACGGACCUCGACAAGAAGGCCAGCGCGGAAUAUGUCGAGUCAGUGUCGGUCUGA